GCAAUUCUGUCAAUUCAUCUGGUUAGCUAGUUACUCUUAUUUUCACACAGAAACAUUAUUUGUCAAUUUUAUUAAAAAAAAUAAAAAAAUUGUCAGUCAGUUUGAUCCGUCUCCAUAACCUAGUACAGUAAAAUAUCAGUUUCUUGCUUUCCUGGCUGGCGAGAGCGAAGCCGCAAUGGAGAAGAAAGAGGGCUAUCUGCAAGAAGAAGAGCAAGUGGUAAAUCCAUGGGAAGUGUCAGCCAAAGACGGCGGAAAGAUCGAUUACGACAAGCUCAUUGACAAAUUCGGCUGCCAAAGGCUGGAUCAAUCCUUCGUCGACCGCGUCCAACGUCUCACUUCUCGUCCUCCUCACGUCUUCCUCCGCCGUGGCGUCUUCUUCGCCCAUCGGGAUUUAAAUGAAAUUUUGGAUGCCUACGAGCGAGGGGACAAGUUUUAUUUGUAUACCGGCCGAGGACCUUCUUCUGAAGCUUUGCAUUUGGGCCAUUUGAUUCCUUUUAUGUUUACCAAAUAUCUUCAAGAUGCCUUCAAGGUCCCUCUCGUUAUACAACUGACUGAUGAUGAGAAGUGCAUGUGGAAAAACCUUUCUGUGGAGGAGAGCCAAAGACUUGCCCGCGAGAACGCUAAAGACAUUAUUGCUUGUGGUUUUGAUAUAUCAAAGACAUUCAUAUUCUCAGACUUCGAUUAUGUUGGAGGUGCUUUCUAUAAGAAUAUGGUCAAGGUUGCCAAGUGUGUCACAUAUAACAAGGCUGUUCCAUCAUUUCCCUCAUCAUUCCCACAUCUAUUCUCUGGCAAGGAUGACCUACGUUGUCUAAUUCCAUGUGCAAUUGACCAGGAUCCAUAUUUCAGAAUGACACGGGAUGUUGCUCCUCGGAUAGGGUAUCACAAGCCUGCAUUGAUUGAAUCAUUGUUCUUCCCUGCUCUCCAGGGAGAGACGGGGAAAAUGUCAGCUAGUGAUCCAAAUUCUGCGAUUUACGUGACUGAUUCUGCAAAGGACAUCAAGAACAAGGUAAACAAACAUGCAUUCACAGGCGGUCAAGAAUCCAUAGAAAAACACAGGCAAUAUGGAGCAAAUCUUGAGGUAGAUAUACCAAUCAAAUAUCUCAACUUUUUCCUUGAGGACGAUGCUGAACUUGAGCACAUAAAGAAGGAGUAUGGUGCGGGACGCAUGCUUACAGGUGAGGUGAAAAAGCGACUUAUUGAAGUUUUAACUGAACUAGUAGAAAGACACCGCAGGGCUCGAGCAGCAGUAACUGAUGAGAUGGUGGAUGCAUUUAUGGCUGUGAGACCCCUUCCCAAUAUGUUUGACUGAAUUCAAGAUAAUGAAAUUGAUGAGAGGUUUUCCAGAUUAUAGUGCAAGAACACAAUUUCAGGUUCAAAUUGUAUUCCCUUGCAUCCUACGUUCGGUAAAUUACUGAAUUCAGCUUUAGGGAAGUAUAUUUUAUGAUGAAAUUCCGGGAUUAAUUAGAAAUUUAAUUUUUGAACACAAAUAUUCAAUUUUAACAUAAUGAAGGGAGAGCAAUUUACAAAAUGAUUGAGUUGUGCAAAAUAUUGCAUGUCAAUUUGAGUCAGAUUUUAGUUUCAGUUGCCAAUUUAGAUUUCAUUUUAGACCAAGGAUUUUCAAUUGUACAUUGUUCAUCAUACCAUUAUUGCUCAUUGCAAUUCAAUUUGAAAUAAUGGGUUUCCAAUAUUGAAUCUGAAAAAAUUUUGAACUGAAGCAAAUUGGACUUGGGGCUUGGUUCAGUUUUUGGAUUUUCAGGUUUGAUUCCGGAUGGAGCUCGAAAAGCAUCCACUUUUCAGGGCCAAGAAUCUAAGGUUAGUUAAUGGAAAUCAAUAAGUUGGAACAACU